UAACUUGCCGGGUUCACUUCACCUCAACGAGAAUGCCUAACUUUGUUGUGUACACUAACUUGUCAAAAGACAAAAUUCCAGAGGAUUUCCUUCAAAAGGCCUGUGCUUUUAUUUCAAAAGAAUUGGGAAAAGCAGAACAUUAUGUAACUGUGCGAGUAAAUGCAGACCAGAUGAUGAGUGUUGGAAUGUCUUCAGAUCCAUGUGCAAGUGUAGAGUUGAAAAACAUUACAGAUGGCGCCAAAAAUAAAGAACAUGCUGUAAACAUUACCAACUUUGUGGAAAGUACACUAAACAUCCCAAAGGACAGGUUUUUUAUCACCUUUACAAAUGAGAGGAGAGAGGAUGUGGCAUUUAAUGGAAAAACCUUUGCAUGAAGAGUAAUUAUGAAGAAAAUGUUCUCACGUGACCGUCACGAACAAUGAAGACAAUAUUAUGAAAGAGGAAAAUAAUCCGCUCAGUGCAAUAUUUAUAUACCAUUAAUUCAAUAAAAAUUAACAGUUUCA